UCCCCUGCCUCAGCCUCCCGAGUAGCUGGGACUACAGGCACGUGCCACCACUGCCUGAGCCUCCUGAGUAGCUGAGACUACAGGUGCAUGCCACCACGCCCGGCUAAUUUUUUUGUGUGUAUUUUAGUAGAGACGGGGUUUCAGCAUGUUGGCCAGGAUGGUCUCAAUCUCCUGACCUCAUGAUCCGCCCGCCUCGGCUUCCCAAAAUGCUGGGAUUACGGACGUGAGCCACCGCACCGGCCUGAACAUUUGUUUUUAACUUCCAGUUGGAUGGCUAAAAUACACAGGACAGGUGGCGUCACUGGGGCUUGCCUGCCUGAGCGUGCCUUUUAAUUUAGGUGGUUAACAGGGUCAGUGAGAUGGCGUGGUCCUCAUCCCCUCUCAUGGGGGCCUGGACCCAGCCAAAUGGGAUGUGGCCCCAGAUGAACUGGGAGCAGUCAGCAUCCAGCCUCCCCAGAGUCCAUCUGUGCUUCAGGGAAUGCCAUCUAUGCUGGCAAACUUACCUCUCGUGGUCCCUGCCCUCUCCCCUUGCUUUGUUUCUUGGGCUCUUGUCCGUCCUGUCUGACUGCCCUGAGCGUCUGCUGUUUGCUGAAUUGCCUGCCUUUGGCUGCAGAGAGUGUGGGCGCAGCUUCCCCCACUCUGUCACUCGGGGGUUGGCAGAGUGUGGGAUUACCUGGACUGAGGCUGAGCAUGCUUCCUCCUGGCACGGCUUCAGCAGUGGGCAGCAGCACCAGGGGCUCUGGAAGCUUGUGCUCUUGGCCUCAGCCUGGAGGAGGGGUUGGAAAGGGCCAGGGAGGAAGAGCUUUGGGUCCAUUUUGAGGUGGGGGGAAGUGAAAGGCCCACCGGGGCAUUGGGGGCUCACACGUUGGGCCCCUGCACCUGCCGCAGCUUCCUGGACCUGCGCUUGACAGUGACUGCCCCAUAGUUGGUAACUCCUGACUCAGGUAGUGGGUGGCCAAGCUGAUUGUGAAGGUGGCGUUGCCUUCUAAAGCUUGGCUCCAGGGGCGCUGCGCACUCCCAGGAGGCUGGCGGCGUGCGUGUUUGUGCAUGUUCGGAAGAGCACGGGAAGGGUUGGGUUUCAUCAGGGUCGGUGUUUUCCCAGGACAUGAAUGCGUGCUUCUGAGGGCCGGCUCAGCCAUGCUGGCCGGCUCGCCUACUCUAACUGCACCACACAGCCAGGAGCUGGAGAGACAGGACCCUCCUUCCUCCCGGUCCCCUUCGUCGGGCUGUGGGGCAUUGCCACACUUCCUCUGACAUGCUCGCUGAAGUGGGGCCAGUGUUGUGUAAGACGUGGAGACCUGCCUGCUUGCAGAGACUUCAGAGGCUCACAGUGGCUUGGACCAGAAGCAGAGAGGAAAGUCCACUCUUAGAAAGACACCACGUGCUCUCAGGGCCCGGGGCACACUUCCAGGUCCCCGCAGGAGUCCUGUGGCCUCAAGCAGAGAAGGGGGCGCCUCUGGGCUGUGGAACGCGCUUUCUGUGUCUAAGGCCUCAAGGUUAAGAUGUGCACAGCACAAGGAGCAGGUCUUUGUGGUCAGGUGGCAGCUUGCCAACCCCAGGAGCCAGCCCUGUUCAUCAGGGUGAAGUUGGUAGAUCUGAGGGUUUCCCGAGGGGGCUGUUCGGGGUCUCAGAAGCUCAGGAGCAGCUGGUUCUCAGGACUCAGCAUCUUGAGAAUUUAUUCUCUUUGAAAGAGUUGUAGCGGGAGCUUUAGGUCUCUGGCCCUCGUGGGGAGGACGUGUGUGUUAACCUGCGUUGCUUUCUCUCCUUUGUUGUGAGGUGCCCUCUGUGUUUCCAGCUUCCAUGUUUCUUCAGGGCUGCCUGCUGGGCAGUGGAUGCCCUUGGCAGGGAGGCCCCUUCUGUGCAGGGCUUGCUGCUCCAGCAUGGCCCACACCUCCUUCAGCUCACACCGGAUCGCUUACCUGCCUGGGAGUCUUGUCUGGCAUGUUCCUCAGACAGGGAUCGACUACAAGACCACCACCAUCCUGCUGGACGGCCGGCGCGUGAAGCUGGAGCUCUGGGACACGUCGGGCCAGGGCCGGUUCUGCACCAUCUUCAGGUCCUACUCCAGGGGCGCUCAGGGGAUCCUCUUGGUGUAUGACAUCACCAACCGCUGGUCCUUUGACGGCAUCGACCGAUGGAUCAAGGAGAUCGAUGAGCAUGCACCCGGAGUCCCCCGGAUCUUGGUUGGAAACCGGCUGCACCUGGCCUUCAAGCGGCAGGUCCCGACGGAGCAGGCCCGUGCGUACGCAGAGAAGAACUGCAUGACCUUCUUUGAGGUCAGCCCCCUGUGCAACUUCAACGUCAUCGAGUCCUUCACGGAGCUGUCCCGCAUCGUGCUCAUGCGGCACGGCAUGGAGAAGAUCUGGAGGCCCAACCGAGUGUUCAGCCUGCAGGACCUCUGCUGCCGGGCCAUCGUCUCCUGCACACCCGUGCACCUCAUCGACAAGCUUCCACUGCCCGUCACCAUCAAGAGCCACCUCAAGUCCUUCUCGAUGGCCAACGGCAUGAACGCGGUUAUGAUGCACGGCCGUUCCUACUCGCUGGCCAGUGGGGCCGGGGGUGGCGGCAGCAAGGGCAACAGCCUCAAGAGGUCCAAGUCCAUCCGCCCACCCCAGAGCCCCCCCCAGAACUGCUCGCGGAGUAACUGCAAGAUCUCCUAGCGGGGACGGGCGGGGCCGCCUGUGCAGAUGCCGGGAGGGCUCGAGCUGGACAUUCCUGGCUGGACGCCAGGCCAGUGCCGCCUGCGUGGGGACUGUCCACACAGCUGCCUCAGAAGCGCCGGGCUUUCCUCACACCUGAGCUGGGUGCGAGGAGGAGCAUGCACGGACCAUGCGCAGCAGGCGGGAGGAGGGGGUGUGGCUGGGCUGCUGGUGCUUCCGGGAAUCUUGGUCUGAAACAAGCCGGGCCUCCCCAGCUGCCUGGGCUCCACCGGCGGGGAGCCUGGUUCGCCUUUCUUAUUUAUAUAGAGAACACUUCACUUUUUUGUACAUUUUUAAGGGGCCUUCAGGGAAGCCUGGGUGUGGCCCGGUGGUGGUGCACUGGUGACUUCAUGGCCACGCCAGCUGUGGGGACGCACUCGGGACUCCUCGAGAGGGGAUUCGUGGCAGCGAUGGCAAGGCAUCCUGUGAAUCCAUGUGCUGCGAGUGGCGGGGCUGCCCAGAGGCCAGGGGAGCAGACAGGGCCGGUGCUCCCUCUGGAAGCUUGGGUGACCUGGGCCCUGGCUCCCACGGGAUGGAGGGUAUGGUCCUGUGGUCAGAGCCCAAGCAGCACUCAGGAGAGGGGAGAAAGGAGGUGCACCUGGGAGCCCACACUUAUGUUGCUCCCCAAAUCCCUCCCCACGUGGGGCUGAGAACCUUCCUGCUGUGAUGUGACACCUUCGGGGACACUGAGCACUCAAAACUCAGAUCAUCAUCUUGCCCACCCUGGAGAGUGCAGAGCUAUCUGCAGACUUAGGAAUACUCGAUGGGUGGCGGCGCAGACCCCGGGCACCUGCGUGCAGCCUCCUGUUCUCGGCAGCUUCUGUCGCUGGCCCUGGGGUCCCCACAGCUGCAGCUCUCCUGUGAGGUCGCACGGCAUCAGAACCAUCCUGACCUUCUUAGGGACGUGCCUGGAACCACCUCGUCCACGUCCUGUCCACCUGGGGGCCUCGGGAGGCUAGGCCCCUCCUCAAAGGCCCACCAGCCCAGCACUCAUGCUGAGCCCCAGGCACACAGGGCCGGCCACCUCUCUCCUGAACCCAUUGGCCGCUCCUCCACCCAGUGCUUCUGCCCACGCCUGCCCCAGCAGCCCCUCUGCAGGGUUGCUGUCGCCUGGGCCUGCCCACAGCACUGGUGCUCACCUCUACCUCCUGCCCUCAGGCCACGCGGCACGACAUGGCCAGCAUGCAGAAGGAGCUCUCCCGGGACCCAGGACCCCCAUGGUGGACUCCGCGGCACAUGCUUCCCAAGGUGGUCCCACGGAGGGUGUUAAGUGGGCACCAGUGGACUCGCCCCAUGGCCGGUUCCUGGGAGAUGAGGGCUGUGGCCUGCGUGAACUGCCAGAUGAGUAAGGGAACCCCAGGCAGGCGGCCCUGCCACAGCCCCCAAAGACACUGGCCUCCUGCUCCAGCUUCCCUGUCCCAGCCCCACCUGUCCUGUUGCUGCCAGCAGGGCCCUUGUUUGGGAUUAUGAACAAACCUCACAGACUUUGAGGACCUAGAUAGUCCUGCAUUCACGGCAUCAACACUACCCGCACUGCUGUUGGACACUCCAUCAUUCCUGGUUCUUUCCGAACCGUUCUUCUUUGUACAGUAAAUGUAAUUCGGCUAUGGUC